GUCAGAACCUAUGAUUAGGGUGAAAAUUAUACUUAUUCUGUUACUCUUCACAAACUGGGUGAAUUCUUCUGAGCGGCAGGAACAGCUAUCUCUCAUACUUUCCUUGCAUUUGUUAUGUUUGUGCCGUAAAACAUUGCCAGAUUAUGGAAAUUCAGCUCUGAAUAGAAGAUAGAGGACUUUGUUGAAGUACCAAAGUUAAUUUGAUAAACUGAGACCCUGCGUUGUAAAGAGACAUGGAGGCUGUUUUAGGACUGUUGGUGAUCUCAGCAGGAGUGUCUCAUGGCUUGGAAACUUCCUGUGAUGCUAGACAGAAUGGAUCUCAGUGUUAUGGAGCUCUGGGAGGAACUGUCUAUCUCCAGCUGGUGACUGAUGCCACGAGAUAUGAUGAACUCUCAUUUUGGAAAGGCUCAACCGGUGCUAAAACAGAGAUACUGAAAAUGAAGAAGGACAAAUGGGUAAUAAAAUACACCCCCAUUGAAGACAGAGUACACUUCUUUAUAAACAAUGGGACAUUUAGGUUAAAUAACACAAGAAGGAAUGAUUCUGGUGAAUACCUGCUACAAGAAUAUAAUUCAGCAGGGGUAGCACAAGGGAGCAGAGGACUACAACUGUUCAUCGAAGCUCCAGUGUCCAGUCCUCAGCUGUCCUCUGAGUGUCAGUCUCAUGGAGAGAUGAGGGUGUCCUGCUCCACUGAGGGGGAUGGUCCCCGGUACAGCUGGACUCUGGAUGGACAGACGCUGAACGACACUGAUGCCCCUCCUGAUAAUAAGACAAACACCAUCACUCUGACGAAAGGCCUGUCAGGAGAUCUCACCUGUACUGUCAGAAACAACAUCAAUAGUGAUACUGUCAGCAGGAGAAUCGUACACUGUCCAGGGCUGAUAUAUGUUAACUGCACCUUAUCCAACGGGACAAAGAUAUCAGAGUGGGUGAAUGCCACUGGUAAUACCCUGUGUGUUGAGCCUACAACGGUGAUGACUGAGUCUCCCACCAGUAAAACCUUCACUGGUAAGGGCCUGGGGCAUGACACCCUAAUGAUCUCCAGACCCAGCAAUCACACCCAGGGCUUGACUAACAGCACUUGUACUAACACCACUCAGACCCUUUGGAUUUUUAACACAAAGUACAUAGGGAUGGCAGCAGGGUCUCUUGCAGGAGUGGUCCUUGUCUUAUUGAUGGUGUUGGCAGUUUACUGUGUCCAGAAGAAAAAUAAACCUCCUUCAAAGGCUCAAGUUAUCUCUCUUUCCACAGUUAAGGGUGACAGCCAGGAUGUGGAAUACGCUGAUGUCAGGAUACUGAGGCAGGAAAUGAGACAGAAGGAGAGGGAGGCGCCGGUGGAGGUGGAAUAUGGGCAAGUGAACGAAGCGUGUGGUCCCCAGCAGCCGGUGGAGGUGGAGUAUGGACAGAUUACAAUAUUAGAGGGUCCCAGGAGGAAGGUAGACAUGCCUGAGGAGGAGUAUUGUAUGUACGCCAGUGUACGGAAAGGACAGUGAGCAAGGUACUGUCUAGAUAGAAUGUGGUAGAAUAGAAGGCGGCUGAGAGUUGAAUCACUGGGAGUCUGAGUUGAAUCACUGGUGCUUCGCUCAAAUCAUUCCGUUCUCUUGAAGUGUUCACUUGUAGUCAUGGAUUUGAAAAGGAUGCCGAAACCAAUCCUACACCAAUCCAAUGCUUUGACAUAUAUGUGGAGAGUAGUGAACAAGUGCACGCUUCAGGGGAAAGGAGAGAUUAUUGGGAAUCAACCUCUGAGAGGCCCAGAGUUGACACAGAUGACAGACAUGUUGAAUCAUGUUGUCUUACUUACAGUUACAGCUGUGUGUUGCAUGUUGAUGUGUGUCAGUACAUAGUGUCUGUUUCCAGGAAGUGGAGACAUUACUUCUGUUUUUCUUGCCCACAGUUCUUUCUUUCCAAACUGUUUUUACACUUGGUUGUGUUGCGAUCAUUUCUUGCUUUCAGAUGUGUGAUAUGUCACAAAAUACAGUGCCUUGCGAAAGUAUUCGGCCCCCUUGAACUUUGCGACCUUUUGACACAUUUCAGGCUUCAAACAUAAAGAU